GCUACUGGGACGCCUAGACGGGAGGAGGCGGCGGCAAAAACUUCUACCCAUCCCAGGAGGGGCAGGGCCAAGGCGAGGGAGCCCCCGGCAGCCGAGGGGGCGGAGAGCCAGGGUGCCCGGUGCUGGCUGAGCCUCCCACGGAGCCCGAGAGGCAAAGAUCAAGACGGACAGAGAAUCAGAACUACAGGCAAAGGCCGAGAGGGGCUGAACUUAGGCUGGGGGGGGGGGGAGGGGAGGAUGGGAAGGGAGUGAAGAACCAAGCAGUAACUAACUGUCCCAGCUGAAGAGCACUGAGGGAAGGAGAGCCCAAAAUAGACAAGAAUCCCCCCUGCCCGGCCAGAGAGGGGCUGCGCUGCUCCGUGCUUGGCCACAGCUGGGACCCGGGACCCUCGGAGAGGCAGCGAUGUCUGCGGAGCCGGAGCUGAUCGAGCUCCGGAACUUGGUCCGUACCCCCAACGGGCUGCGGGGGCUGGAAACCGGCCGGAGCCCGGGCCCUCGGAGUCCGGGUCGUCUGGAGCGUGCCAACGCACUGCGCAUCGCCCCGGGCCGCGGCCCAGACGUGCUGCCCCGAGGCCGUCAAGUCCGUCUGCUGGGCGGCCACAGCGACCCCCGACUCACGGCCGGACCGGGCCGAGGCCAUUGCUUCCGCCCGUCAGGGCCGGGCACCCACACUUGGUGUGACCUCUGCGGGGACUUCAUCUGGGGUGUCAUUCGCAAGGGCCUUCAAUGCGUCCACUGCAAGUUUACUUGCCAUUAUCGAUGCCGGGCCCUGAUCCGCUUAGACUGCUGUGGUCCCCGUGAACCGAGCUUGGAGCCUACCUUGGAAAGAGACACCAAUGUGGAUGAGCCACUGGAGUGGGAGAAACCAACCCUGUCUCAAACGGAGAUUGAGCAGAAGAUCAAGGAAUAUAACAGCCAGAUCAACAGUAACCUCUUCAUGAGCCUGAACAAGGACGGUUCCUAUACUGGUUUCAUCAAGGUGCAAUUGAAACUUGUGCGCCCGGUGUCUGUGCCUGCCACCAAGAAGCCACCCACCCUACAGGAUGCCAGGAGACCCACUGGGAAGAAUCAAGCAGUGAAGCGCCGUACCUCUUUCUACCUCCCCAAAGACACGGUCAAACACCUGCAUGUGUUGUCACGCACACGAGCCCGAGAGGUCAUUGAGGCGCUUCUCCGAAAAUUUCUGGUGGUGGAUAACCCCCGAAAAUUUGCCCUGUUUGAGCGGGCAGAGCGCCAUGACCAAGUGUACCUGCGAAAGCUAUCAGAUGAUGAACAACCCUUGCGCUUACGGCUGCUUGCAGGACCCAGUGAGAAAGCCUUGAGUUUUGUCCUAAAGGAAAAUGAGACUGGAGAUGUCAAUUGGGACGCCUUCAGCAUGCCUGAAUUACAUAAUUUCCUUCGUAUUCUACAACGGGAAGAAGAGGAACACGUGCGACAAAUCCUACAGAAAUAUUCUCGUUGCCGCCAGAAGAUGCAAGAAGCACUAGGAGCCCGCCCCCUGGGAUGACCCUCUUCCCAUCUCCUUCUUGACCUCAGGGUCAGGGUUGCUUAAAGGCUUCAAGAGGACACCAGGCCGAGUGGAUGGGGGGUGGCGGGGGGGCAGUACAGAAUGGAUGUCAUAUGAAUGUGUCAGGGCCUGAAGAGUGAGUGUGUGUGGAGGCUUCCCAACUGAGGGGGAGCUAGCUAGGUGUGUGGGGACAUAGGACAUGUCCUUGAUGUAGCACCUUGGCUGCUACUUUGGAAUGACAGAGGCUGAAAAGUCCUCUUAAAAAAGACUGGAGCUAGGACUGAGGAACCUUGGGGCUCAUUGUGAUACAUCUGGGAGGGUGGCUGGUGUGGGGUUCAGAGAGCAUCAUCCUUUUGGAUUGGAGCAUUCUCUGUUCCUUGUGUCUGCCACCCCCAGAAAGUACCCUUUGCCAUGAGACUACCAAGGUGGCAGCUCUCGAGUUGUGCUCCCAGGUGGUGCUGGCAGAGGUAUGCUUUGCAUAGCUCAAGGAUGAUGGCCAUAUGCCCCAUUGGCUUCUUUUAGAGGGGUUGUAUUGGCCCAGGAUGAACACACCUGGGAUAUGGUCUCAUGGGUGGGAUAGCUUCAGCUAAACAUGGGGGCGCUCUCUAGGGCCAUCGGUUUUCAUGACUAAGUGGGACCAGCCCCACUGGAACUGAAAAAUUAGGACUCAAGAUGUUUGGGAGCCUUCCAGUAGAUGGGGAGUAAAAUGGUUUUGACUUUAGUGAUAACCUUUGGAGAUCUAACCUCUAGCAAGCACUCCGAUUAGGAAGACGAGACUGCUCACUGGAGGUGCAGUCAUGGUGAAUGAGAGGAUUCUGGCCAGCAGAAGGAGCUUCCUUGUUGCUGCUAGGCUCAGAGGGAGUGGCCAUUUGCCCAAGGCGCUAACCAAAGUGAGGGCAUUUCCUUCACAGUAUUUGUCAUGAUUUGGAUAUAAUGUAAUGUUUUUUGAUCUCAGCUGAGUGACUCCCAGGUGGAGAUAGAGUGUGUGGGACCUGUGGAUGACUGCUGGGUGUGUCAGAAAAAAAGGGCCUGGGGCCCAAGAGGAAUCUUGUAAUAAUAAAACUUGGGUCAAUCAUUCUGCUUUCAA